UUAUGACCUAAGAACAUUGCUUCCGUUCUUGGAACAUUCCUCCGUUUUAAGAACAUUCGUGGUAGGCAUACAGGAAAGCCGGGACGGUCGGUCCCUGGUCAAUAUGGGGUCGGAGGAUUGCGCGGCGUCGUCGAUGCAUGGCCAGUGCAUCGGCAAUGCGGCGCGAGCUCUUACCCCACUGAAUCCAGCAUCCAUGUGGGCGGCCUUCAGAGGAGCAGGAGGAUCAACUGUCGAAACGCUCCAUUGCCGCCGAUGGUCGUGGCAGCCAGCUGCUGAUGGCGAUGGGCGCCACAGGGGUCGUUUUCGGCGACAUAGGUACCUCACCAUUAUACACUUUGGGCAGCAUCUUUGGCGACCUGGACACACCAAGUCCAUCACAGGAGGAGGCAGUGCAGGUGUGUUGCAUGAUCUUUUGGCUGCUGACCUUCGUUGUCUGCUUCAAGUACUUGGGGGUGCUGAUGCGUGUCAGCCACCAUGGUGAGGGCGGCAUUUUCGCGAUAACACAGGUCUUGACGGCCGAGAAGGGCAAGCAGGGAGAGCCAAAACUCUCGGGGGGGAGCCGCGAAGUAGUUUUGUUUAUGGCCAUGUUGGGCGGCUCUUUCAUCGCUGGAGAUGGCGUCAUCACGCCUGUGCAGACGGUGCUUGGGGCUUUCGAGACAACAUCUGCGCCAACAGGAGAACGCGUCCUCAUCGCGAUGACCGUCCUAAUUUUCAUAUUCGUGAUCCAGCGACGCGGCUCUCAGGUCAUCGGCAUCGUUGCUGGCCCUGUCAUGGUGGUCUGGUUUCUCGCAAUUGGUGGCCUCGGCCUUUUCAAUUUGUUGCAGCAUCCAGGUGCAGCGAGGGCAGUUUUUCUGGGCCUGAACCCAGGGAAUAUUUUGACCUUCUGGACGACUGGCUCUUUCGCUGGACUGAGGGCGUGGCAAUCUCUGUCCGGGGUGACACUUGCUGUGACGGGCGCCGAGGCUCUCUAUGCGGACAUGGGACAUUUUGGUGCAGGACCAAUCAUGCUUGCAUGGUUCGGCCUGGUCUACCCUUGCUUAGUUUUGCAAUACAUGGGCCAGACCGUCAUGAUCUGCAUCAAUCCUGCCGGUUCUGCGAAUGCCUUCACCAAUGCAGUCCCAGAAGGCCUCGGGGUCCCAAUGAUGAUUUUGUCAAUUUUGGCAGCAAUCAUUGCCUCACAGGCUCUGAUCACUGGACUCUUCACGAUGUUCACCCAGGCGUGCGCCCUCAAGAUGGUUCCACGCCUUCAGAUUCUGCACACCAACCCACACCAGCAGGGACAGGUCUACAUACCAGAAAUAAACUGGGCGCUCUGCACUGCUUGCGUGGUAACCUGCGUGAUCUUUCAGACUUCUGCGAAUCUCAGCAACGCGUAUGGAAUCUGUGUCACUUGCUGCUUCGUUGUCACCACCUGCCUUCUCAGCGUGGUGCUCCGGCAGGUGUGGGGCUGGCGCUGGUUGGCAGUGGCAUCGGUCAUCUUGCCAAUGAUCACGAUCGACCUGACUGUCUGUUCGGCCAACCUCGCGAAGCUGUUGGACAAAGGCUGGAUUCCCCUGGUGAUUGCUGCGGCACUGCUCCUACUGAUGAACACGCACCGCUGGGGCCGCAACUACGAGGAGGCCAUUUUCGCAGAGGAGGCGAAGAACGAGGGCGUGCUGUUAACGAGGGACAUGGCAGUAAGCUCUGAGGGCAGUACGCCACAGGAACAAGUCACAGCACCGUGCCUUGCCACCGUUUCCACAGUGCCUGGCUUGUUGCGGAUCUUGGGGUCAGGUGGGCUGGUGCGCACACCUACUGCAUGCGUGUUCAUGACUGCGUGCGAGUGGAGGGUGCCUCGCACAGUUGGAGCGCUGGCCGCAAUGGGCUGGCUUCCGGAGGCCAUCGUUUUGCUCAGUGUGAAGUUCGAGGAUAUUCCUUUCGUGGUCGAGGCCGAGCGUUCUUCUUUCGUGGCACACGGUGAAGGCGUGUUCGUUAUCGUUCUUCAUUUUGGCUACGCCGAGCCGCUCACUGCCGCACGCAUUGGAGUGCCCACCGCAAUGGCGAGAGUAGCGCGCGAGCAUUUGGAGGGCCACCCCAUGCUUGCCCCGCUCCUCGGCUUCGCACAGCCGGGCCUCGGUGUCGACGCUCCCUGCCAUCAGCGCCGCGGUGCCAGUAUGGAGUCAGCGCAGAACAGCGCUGAUCCUGAGCUUGGUGGCCAGGUGUGGCAGCAGUGGCAGCUGCGCAGGAGCGCCACCAUCGUCCUUUGCAAGCUGCAUUACGCCCCACGUGCAGAGCACGGCGCCCUCGUGAGGCUGAGGAUCCAGCUGUAUAGCUUCUUCGUGCUGAACGCACGUAAGGCCAUUACGUUCUUUGGACUGCAGGGGUGCAACACCAUGGAGAUCUCCGUAGUCAGGCUGAUGUGACAGUGACCACCGUUGCGAUGUGCCCGGAUGUUUGGAUGAUUUCCCUCGCAUUCUAGUUCGUACAGAGUAGGUACAGCCACGAACAUCCGUCUGGCCAGCAGCAGCGAAGAUUCGACAGCAAAGAAUUCAGCUUGACCUCAGUGGUGCAGCUGCCAACUAAACUCGCCCCUAACCCGUCCAAUGAGGCGGAAAGCUGGGCCAGCCAUCUGAUCGCAGCUGGCGAUUGUACAGGUCUAGCAUGUGCGAGUGUCUCGACAAGCUUGAAAGGCUCGCGCCUUCCCGCGUUUUACAGGUGCCCGAGCCGACGCUUGGGCCAUUACAGUGGUACCCAGACGCCGCCGAGGGUCUUCGUGGCGCUCUUGCGGCACUCUGCCGAAGGUUGCCGAAGACUCACGCGCAA